UCGAAUCCGCAGCGUAUAAGAAGCACCAGCGUUGAGUGGUAGUGGUGUCUUGUCCAUCCGCAGUUUCGCGCAGUCUAUCUAAUCGCACCCACGAACCAAACAACAACCAUGCCUUUUACUCUCGCUCUACUGCUCGGCGCUCUCGCUGCUUCCGCACAAAUCACCCCUCGGCACAUGUCCCUCUUCCCCCGCCAAAUCGACUCCUCCACCAUCCCCUCGGCCUGCUCCAACCAAUGCCAAUCCGCCAUGUCCAUCUACUCCUCUUGUACCUCUUCACCCGUCGAUACCUCUGGCUGUUUGAAAGUAUGCGAGCAGUCGACCUUCAACGAUUUUGUGGCGUGUAUGGAUUGCACAGUGGAUGAAGGGGGUGUCACAGGGACUUAUGUGCAGCAGUUGAUGGAGGCGGUGGACCAGUUGAAGGGGGCGUGUAGGCAAGUGGGACAGCCGGUCACAGGUGGUAUUGCUGGCUCAACUAAUACCGGGUCAGGUACAACCCGCACCCAAAUCUCAGGCCCCGGUACAUACUCGGGCGUAUACAACUCUUCUGCUGCUGGGGCCAACACCGCUACCAUUGCUGCUGGAUCUUCGGGUGCGGGGUCCGCGAUCGUUUCGGGCGCGACCGCUGCUGCGAGUGAUGGCUCGACUGCUGUACGCUUACACCUCACUAACUUUUGCUGGUUGGAGUGAGGAUAAGGAUGCAUUGCUGAUGGUAGACAUAGGCGACCAGCUCGGCGGCGGCGGCUGCUACAGGCGAGUCCUCUUCCUCCUCUGCUGCCCCUCUUGUCCAAUUCGGUACUGGUCUUUUCUCUGGGAUUCUUAUCUUGGGUGCGGGAGUCGGAGCGAUGCCCGUACUGUGAAUGUGAUUCUCGAAGGAGACUGUUAGGCUAAUUUUCUGUGAACAAUCUUGAUUCUGAGGACGUGGAAAAGAAGACGUAUAAACAUAUCUCUGUUUUUUUAUGGUUAGCUUCUGCCAAAGACAGUAGAGCGACUCGAAAAAAUGCAUCUCAAAGGUAAAGGCAAA